UAUGGCGGGAAAUGCGAAGAGACCCAAGGUUGGAGUUGGWGUGUUUAUAUUCAGCCCUCUUCACCCAGGAUGCGUUUUGAUCGGAAAAAGAAAAGGAUCAGACGGACAAGGAACUUAUGGUCUUCCAGGAGGACACCUUGAGUUCGGUGAGGAAUGGCAUGAAUGUGCUAAAAGAGAAAUCUUCGAGGAGACGGGUCUGACUGUUAAGAAUGUCGGCUUUGCCGCUGUUGUCAAUUCUGUCAUUUUAAAAGAGGAAUACCACUACAUAACCAUCUUUAUGAAGACAGAGAUAGAUACAGAGAACGGAAUAGGAGAGCCUAUCAAUACUGAGCCUGAUAAGUGUGAAGGAUGGGAAUGGCAUGAAUGGAAUUCAAAAAUGUUCCCUUCUCCUCUUUUCCGUCCAUUGCAAGAUGCAAGGGCACAAGGCUACAAUCCAUUUGAAACAUGAAAGUGCUUUUAAAACCUAUUUUUCUAACUGUAAAUUAAAUAAACAUAAUAAUUGAUAGAUAGUAACUAUUCAAAAGAUUUAAGACAAAUUAUGAUUUUUUUGYAAUUAACCAAAUAUAGUAGCUACAUAUCCAUGUGUCUUUGGCUUAAAGUUGAAUAUUUAAAGCUCUGUCCAGARAGAAUAGUCUAUGCUGUUUAUUUUCCUAGCCACAAUAUUUUUACAGGUCUUUGCACAUGUGCCAAAUUAUAACUAAUAUGUAUUYAAAAAUUCUCUAAAGACUGGCUUGAUUUCACCUGGGUCCUGGGUCCUAGACUUCUUAUCCCCAGAUUUGGGGAAAUGCCAGAAGACACUGAAAAUAUGGGCAUGUGUGGAUGCCAAUUUUUAUGAAUUGUGUUGUUGACAUGGACAGAGUAUCCAGAUCCUUGUUUUGCAAACACUCCAAGACACUUGAAUUUGUGAGAACUAGUCUUAAUGAAAUAAAGUGUUUAUAUAUUAA